CUUUGCUCAAUUAUUCUAUACGCUUUGAUUGACCCCAGUAUAACCAGCAUCAGUCCCAUACAUCGCCAUCAUGUCCGACUUUGCCGAGAAGAACCGUCAGGUGUUCGAUAAAAUGGCCAGCAGCUACAAGGCCGACUUUGCCGACGCCCUGGUAACUCUCUACCGGUUGAUCCAAGGCCGGAGGUCCUGGGCUAGUGACGUGUGGACGGACACUGCAGCUAGUACCGGAAAGGAAAUCAAGGCACUUGAUUACGCCUGUGGACCAGGCGUGGUCUCUUUGGCAUUGGCGCCCUUCAUCAGCAAAAUCUAUGGUCUGGACAUCUCUGAAAACAUGAUCAAUGAAUACAAAUCCAAUAUCCAAGAGGCCGGAUAUGGCGACAAGGUGGUCGCCCGUAACGGCGAUCUGUUUGCUGAGCCAGUGCCAGCGGAGAUCUCUGGACCGGAGUACUCUGACUUUGAUCUUGUAGCCGUCAGUAUGGCUCUGCAUCAUUUUGAAGAUCCUGGGUUGGCCAUGAAUCGACUUGCCCAACGUCUCAGACAGGGGGGAGUGUGCCUGAUCAUCGACAUUAUACCGGAGGAGCAUCAUGACCAUGACCAUGGGCAUGGGCAUGGGCACGGACAUGGACAUGGACAUGGAGGUCACGGUCAUGGAAACCAUGGUCACGGCACAGACCCUGGGUAUGCUGCCUCAUCUACGAUCAAGACCCAUGGGUUUUCAGCCGAACAGAUGAAGAAACUGUAUGAAGAUGCCGGGUUGACAGUAGGGUUCGACUACCAGGUCAUCGAAGAGCCUUUGGUCAUGAAGAAGGACGGGAAGCCCCUGGAGAAAACCAUCUUCUUCGCACGGGCUCAGCGAGCUUAGACAGUAGGAGUCGGGAUGUUUUCAAGCGUGUUAAUUUCGAUGGAAUCCAUUAAUCGAGUAUGAGACAUUGUCCAAUCAGCGUUCGGGAAUAGUCAGACGUAAUUCAUGAGCUGGGCGGUGGAAAAGUGUAGAACUCGACUGCCGGGCGACACCGAGCGUAAUUUUGC